AUGGAGUUAGAUGAUAAUGAAGUCGAUUUUUCCUCACCGUCAAAAGACGGUAAUGAUCCAAAAAAUACGUCAGUGGAAUGGAUUCCUGCGUGUGAGGAUGAACUCAAACCCGUGAUUGGCAAGGUAUUUGAUACUUUAGUAGAAGGAGGUGAUUUUUAUAAAGCUUAUGCUUAUGUUGCUGGUUUUAGUGUGCGUAAUUCGAUUAAAACCAAAGAUAAAGAUGGUGUCAAAUGGAAAUAUUUUCUUUGCUCAAAAGAGGGUUUUAAAGAGGAAAAAAAGGUUGACAAGCCACAAUUGCUUAUUGCUGAAAAUAGUUUGUCUAAAAGUAGAAAGAGAAAAUUGACGCGCGAGGGAUGUAAAGCAAGACUUGUUUUGAAGAGAACUAUUGAUGGUAAAUAUGAAGUCUCAAACUUUUAUGAAGGUCAUUCACAUGGGCUAGUCUCACCUUCAAAGAGACAAUUCCUAAGGUCAGCAAGAAAUGUAACUAGUGUUCAUAAGAAUAUAUUGUUUUCCUGCAAUAGAGCUAAUGUGGGGACUUCAAAAAGUUAUCAAAUAAUGAAGGAGCAGGUCGGAAGUUAUGAAAAUAUAGGAUGCACACAAAGAGAUUUGCAAAACUAUUCAAGAAAUUUGAAAGAAUUGAUCAAAGACUCUGAUGCAGAUAUGUUCAUUGAUAAUUUUAGAAGAAAACGGGAGAUAAACCCUUCAUUCUUCUAUGAUUAUGAAGCUGACAAUGAAGGGAAAUUGAAACAUGUGUUUUGGGCUGAUGGAAUUUGUCGAAAAAAUUACUCUUUGUUUGGAGAUGUGGUUUCAUUUGACACAACAUACCGCACAAACAAGUAUUUUAUGAUUUUUGCACCAUUCACUGGCAUAAAUCAUCAUCGUCAAAGCAUAACAUUUGGGGCUGCUCUUUUGAAAAAUGAAAAAGAAGAAUCGUUUGUUUGGUUGUUCGAGACAUUUUUGAAAGCAAUGGGGGGACAUAAACCUGUUAUGAUAAUAACAGAUCAAGAUGGGGGUAUGAAGAAUGCAAUAGGAGCGGUUUUAAAAGGGUCGUCUCAUAGAUUUUGCAUGUGGCAUAUUCUAAAAAAACUUUCAGAAAAGGUGGGUAGUUCCAUGGAUGAGAAUAGUGGUUUUAAUGAUCGUUUCAAGUCAUGUGUCUGGAACUCAGAGUCCUCGGAAGAAUUUGAUUUGGAAUGGAAUAAUAUUAUUAGUGAUUACAGCUUGGAAGGAAAUGGAUGGCUUUCUACAAUGUAUGAUCUAAGAAGCAUGUGGAUACCGGCAUAUUUUAAAGAUACAUUUAUGGCUGGAAUUUUGAGAACAACCUCAAGAUCAGAGAGUGAAAAUUCAUUCUUUGGCAACUACUUGAAUCAUAACUUAACUUUAGUAGAAUUCUGGGUGCGAUUUGAUUCUGCUUUAGCAGCACAAAGACACAAAGAACUUUUUGCUGAUAAUAAUACACUUCAUUCUAAUCCAGAAUUGAAUAUGCACAUGAAUUUAGAGAAGCACGCUAGAGAGGUUUAUACUCAUGAAAACUUUUACAUAUUUCAAAAGGAGUUGUGGAGUGCAUGUGUAGAUUGUGGAAUUGAAGGAACAAAAGAGGAAGGUGAGAAUUUAUCAUUUUCUAUACUUGAUAAUGCUGUGAGAAAACAUAGAGAGGUUGUUUAUUGUCUUUCUAAUAACAUUGCACAUUGUUCAUGCAAAAUGUUUGAGUCGGAAGGCAUCCCAUGUCGACAUAUUCUUUUUAUAUUAAAGGGGAAAGGUUUUAGUGAAAUUCCAAGUCAUUACAUUGUGAAUAGAUGGACAAAGUUGGCAACAAGUAAACCAAUUUUUGAUUGUGAUGGAAAUGUUUUGGAGGCAUGUUCUAAAUUUGAAAGUGAGAGCACAUUAGUUUCAAAAACAUGGUCACAAUUGUUGAAAUGCAUGCAUAUGGCUGGUACAAACAAAGAGAAAUUGCUCCUCAUUUACGAUGAGGGUUGUAGUAUUGAAUUAAAAAUGUCUAAAAUGAAGACUGAUGUUGUAUCAAGACCUUUAGAUGAAUUGGAGGCUUUUAUUGGUUCCAAUGUUGCUAAAACAAUUGAAGUUCUUCCACCUGAACCUUCAAAUACCAAAGGUUGUGGAAAACGCAUCAAAGGGGGGAAAGAGAAGGCAAUGGAACAACAACAAAAGAGAACGAGGCUUUGUAAAGCUUGCAAGCAAUAUGCAUCCCAUGAUAGUCGCAAUUGUCCCACAAAAUCCUCUUGA